AGGAACAUUACCGUACAAUCUUACUGCAGGAGUCUGUGUUCUAGAAUGCCUAUUCGGAUGGAAGGCACUCAGGAUGGCUCUACACAGCCAGCCGAUGCCAUACAGGCCUUCUGCAGGCACUUAGGUGAACUAUGUGACGUCCUUACAGCACCGUAUAAUGCGGAAGCACUGGAACGGGCCGCGAGUGGUCAGGACUUGCAGGGUACAACCUGCAAUUUGCUGCUGCAAAACGCGUUAUACCAAUGGCUCGGGGAGCGCGUGCAGCUGUCGAUGGGGGACUCGGAGCCUCCAGAAGAGGCUACCAGGAGGGCCCGCGAGUCAGCGCUGUCCACCAUCCGUAACCGUGACCUGCUAACAGAGUUUGUACAGACUGUUGCACACUCGCUUUCGACUGUGGACCCGUCUACACAGGCACCAACGGAGCCUGCUCGGCGGUCUCUCCUGUUUGACCUGCACGGCCCCUUGGAUUUGCUGGGGCCGGAGGAAGUGGAGAGCCUCCUGGCAGAGCUGACCAGCAGCGACGCGCCGCUGUCCGCCCUGCAGACGCUCUCAUCCGACCCGCACCUCCUGGAGGACCUGUGCUUCGGACACGACUGGCACCACCUCUGCGACGCGCUGGGCCGCCUAGCCUGCCUGCCGCCACCCCACCCACACACCACCCCCGCCGCUGCCAACCCUCAACAUCCGCAUCCCCACCCUCAGCCUCACCCUCAGCAGCAGAACGGAGGAGAGCCUGAGGCCCUCCCGUCGCAUGCACAGCCUGCCCCUGCCCUGCACCGCCCUCACAACCACUCCCAGCCACAUGAGAACUCCACAGAAGAGGAGCUACUGCUGGUUGAAGACACAGCAGCAGCAGCAGGCUCCGCCACUGCCUCAGCCACAGCCUCUGCCCAGCCUGCCUCCUCCCGCCAGCACCAGCUGCUGCUGGCGGUGCUGCAAGAGGUGGUUGCAUGCAUCGCGGCCAGCUCGCCGCCGCACGCCGCGGAGUUGCUAGACUCCCUGGCUCCCGCGCUCACGGCAUUGGUGGUGCAGUUGCCGCAGCAGCAGCUGCUGGCGGCUACGACGGGUGCUACGAUGCUUCCACCAGCAGACAGCAGCAACAGCCUGCCUGGCGGCAGCACCACCCUCCCUGGAAGUUACGGCAGCUGCAGCAGCACUCACCAUGGCAGUAGUAGUCUGCAUGGAGGUGGCGGCGGCGGGGGCGGGGGGCUGCUGGAGGCAGCUGCAGCGGUGGACCCCUUUGCGGUGGACCUGACCCGAGUAGCGCACCAGCUGCUGAGCGGUCUGGCGCAGGAGUUCCACACGCUGCCGCUGCACAACGCGGCGCUGGCGGCUAGGGCGGUGUGCGACGUGGUGCGGGCGGGCAUCGCACGGGGCGCGCCGGCAGUGCCUGUUGUUGCUGCUAGCUCAACCUCACCCUCCUUCCAACGUAGCACCGCCGCCCAUGCAACAGCGGCCCAUGCGGCUCAUGCGCAUGCCGGCGCAGCCACAGCAGCAGCAGCGGAUCCCAUGGAUCUGGAUUCAGGCCUGGGUGGGGUGGUGGAGCUCUCCGCGCUAGACCUGCUGGUGCUCUUGGAUCCGGAGCUCAGGUGGUGGCAGCGGCUGUGCGCCGCCACACACGCCACGCAGCGCAUGGCGGAGGCCCUGGCAUCCACGCAGCUGCCGGUGGCGCUGGAGUCAGCACUGGCGGCAUGGGCUGCGGCGGCCGCCGCGGCCUCCGCCAGUGCUGCCGGAGCUGGUGCGGGUUCCGUUAGUGGUUUUGGGAGAGCUCUCGGCGGUGUAGCAGGAGGGUCCGUGGGCGCGGGCGGGCGCUCGCCCACGCACCUGUUGGCAUGUACGGCGCUGCUUGCAGGGCUGGUGCGGGCGAACAACCCGGCGUUGCUGGGCAUGGAGCGGGCUGGCAGUGAGGGCAGCGGCGGAGGAGACGGGGCGGGAGGAGGUGCGGAGGGAGAAGGUAGUGACGGAGGUGGCGGUUGGAGGGCAGCAGCCGCUGCAGGGGGGCCGCAGGCACCACCAGGGGCCCUGGCUGCGGCUCCACAGCACCAGCAGCAGCACCAACAGCAGCGCCAGAAGCAGUUGCAGCAGCAGCACCGAGUGCGGUUGCAGCGGCUGCUGGGUCACCUCACCACCUGCUUCUGCGCCCUGGCGGAUAAGCCCUACCUGCUCAGACCCGGCGGUGUUGCCGGCCCGGCACCGCCCAACGGGGCCGCAGCUGCGACCCUCGGCGCUGGUGACGAUGCGGAGGGUGCGGCGGGUUACCCUUCCAGCAAGCCCAGCAGACGCCGAGGAGGCAGCGUCUUUCUGCGUCUGGCGUCAGACGCCUUGGCGGCCGCGGCGGCGCUUGGUGCGCUGUCGGCCUACACGCCUAGCGCUUCAGGAAGCGCUGGCGGCGGCGGCGGUGCUGCUGCCGGUGGGGGCAGCGCGCCGCUGGCGCUGCUGUUGCAGGCCGUGAUGCGUGCGACCAGCCUGCUUACAUCCACCGCUGCCGGUGCCAGGACGCUGCCAUCGCCGGCGUCGGGUAUGGGUACAGCACCAGCAGCAGUUGCGGCGGCGGCGGCGGUGGAGGCCGAGGUGGAGGCUUGGUUGGUAGCCGCUAUGCAGGUUCUGAGCGCUGUGGCUGAGCAUGCGCUGGUUGGCUUGGGUAGCGGCGCUGGGACUAGCGGUGGUGCAGCUAGCGGUAUGGCACAGCAGCAUCGUACAAUUCAACAGCAGGUACCGUUGUCGGUUGGGGACGCCAUGUCCGCACUGUUGAGUUGCAUUGGGGCUCGCAUCCGCAGCAGCAGCACCAACAGCAGCGGUAGCGGUAGCGGAGGUAGCGGCUGCGUGGGUGUUGCUCACAGGGACCAAAGCGGCGGUGAGGACGGUAGCCCUGCCACCUCCGCUGCUCCCUCCCAUGAGGCAGUACCGAUCUGGACCCGUGUUGUCGUACGUUGUGCCGUACCACUGGCAGCGUCAUCACCCACGGUGGCGGCGGCUUUGGAGGAGUUGUAUGAGAUCGUACAUGCCGUACUGUCGAAGAGGCGUGGUUCCGUCCGUACGGCUGCGGAUGCGCCUCCGCUGCCGUCGCCAUCUACAGGGCGGGAUAGCGCCUGUGUGGCUUCGCACCCGGGCGCUGGUGGGGGUGGCGUUGAUCUUGAUAACAGCGGUGCGGGUGCCGAGGCUUGCGGUGGGUUGACCGCCACGAUGUCCCUGUUGGAUAUACUCAACGCUGGUGACGGCUCUGGUUGUGGCGGCGGUGCAGCAGCAGUGGCAUCAUCCUCCGUGCCAGGAAAGCAGUGCCAGCGGCCUCAGCAGGGGGGCUUUGUUGUGUCCAGCACCGCUGCUGUCAUCACAAGUCAUCGUCAACAUCAACAUCAUGUCGCAAUAGAGAUGGACGGCGUCGAGUGCCUUGCCGCUGAGGCCGUCCUGUCGUACUGCCGUACCAUGGAUUGCUCCCAUGUGGAUGACUCCGUUUGCAAGCUGGGGCUGCUGCUACUGCCAACGGCGUCGUCAGGUGCAUCCGCAGCGUCCACGGCCGCAGCUGCGGAUGCCUCCGAAGCCCAACAGCGGCUGCAACAGCAGCAGCAACAGCUGGCCGGCAUGCAACACCCGCCACCGCAGCUUCCGGCAGCGUUACGUCGUCGGCAGACCUUCCUCAACUGUGCUGCUAGGUGGUUGUGUCGAAUGUACGACAGCGCAGCUUGCAUGUACGGCACAGCCCUGGGC